CCCAGCCAUAUAUUGCGCGUUUCGGAAUUCAUCCGGCAGUAUCGGCGAUUUGCGGACGAUCUCUCGCCACUGAUCUCGUAUUUCGAAAAAUAUGGGCAGCCUCAUCUGGCGGAAAUUCUCUCGAAAAGCUACGUACAUGAGGAGCGUCCACUGCUCACUGACAGACAAAUCAAUUUCCGAUUGUCAGUGGAAGGAAAUGUGCCGCAUCGACUGUAUAAUUAUGUAGAAAGGAGAGAAUUGAUCAGAGAUUUGGAGGAAAUCGGUUUUGGCUUGUCGUUCAUGGAUUUGCUGGUUGUGGCAAGAGUUGCUUGGCUGCAGAAGUUUUGCGCAGUUGUCCAGCGCUGCUCAGUAGGUGUGUUUCUUUCACCAUUCAUUCUUCAGUUUUUUCUUUUACAACCCUUUGUUACAGCAGUUGCUUUGGCACGUAAUUUUUUUCAGCAUAUAUUUCUCUCUUUCCAUGAACAACUGUAA